AUGUGGAGGCAGCUGCUAGACCCGAGCACUCUUGUGCUGGAUGAUGGCGUGCCCUUUCCUAUCGCGUCGAUUUGGCUCUGCUUCCUAUGGCCGCUGCCCUCGUUGUUAUUUUGGCUAGCUGAAUUCUGCGCACGAAGACGACGCAUAACGACUCCUAUUGUGGAGGAGGAUACUGUUGAGCUGCCUUCGCUCCCUUUGCUCAGACCCAGCCCUUCCAACGCGUCCGUAGAUGAGCAUGCAGAAGGAUCAAGUGCCUGUGAGACAUCUGAGACCACAUCACAGUUACGAGUCAUGUUGGCCUCAUUGGAGCAUUCCCUCCCACAUCUGCCGGCUUGCAAAGCACUUGCUGGAGGACUGGGAAAAGUUAUGGACCUAAUUGCAAAGCACCAUCCAACAGAUAUCCUCAUGGUGCAUCCUAAACUUGCAGAAGACGAGACGGUGCAAUAUUCUGAAACAGAUGUAGAGGAGGCUGCUAUCCAAGUUCGUGUGGACGGAAGUUUGGAGACCGUCAGGGUAUACCGUUCAAAGGUCCAAGAGCAUGAGGGCGUCCGAAGGCACUUUCUGUUGCUUUCACAUCCCUGGUUUGAGACCCGUGAUAGGCAAUCGCUGUAUCCAAACCCUUUGUCUCGCAGAAAGGUGCUUCAGUUCUUUUCUUUGUGGAAUCAGUGUGUUGGUAAGCUGCUGUCGAGAUAUAGACCAGAUGUGUUCCAUUGUCCGGAUUUUCACUCAGCAGUCGCGCCUUGGUACGCCAUCACCAGCUACCCGGAGCUUCGAAUGUUGCUAGUUCUUCACAAUGCAGAGUAUCAAGGGUCCAUCGCAACAGACAUGCUUUCAUCUGGCCAGCUCCAAGUGAUGGCAGAAAUUUUCAAUCUGCCAAUGACAUUUGUUGCGAAGCACCUUCUUUUCGAAGGGCGGUUCAAUAUGGUGAAGGCAGCUGUGGACUUUCUACUCGAGAAGCAGCAAGGGCUUGGAGCCUGUGCAGUUUCUCACUACUACGCUGCGGAAUGCUACUCGAGGUACAGUGUUUUCUGGGAGCUUCCCAAAAUCCACGGCAUUGACAAUCCCAUGCUAGAGGAGGAGCGAGCAAGCUUGACCACCGACCUGAGAAGAAUGAAGGUUGACGCCAAGUCUCGAUGCCAAAAACUCUACAAAUUGAACGAAAGACCAGAUGCGAAGCUCUUCGUUUCACUUGGCCGUCUUGUUAGACAGAAGGGGGUCGACCUGCUUGCAGACGUGGCAGAGUGGCUACUCUCCACCUAUCCUGAGGCCCAGCUGAUCGUCAUCGGACCACCAGCCGAUGGGUUUGGCUUCUAUGCAGCACGCAAGCUGGAAAAACUGGCAGACACCGAAGCCUUUAAGGGGCGACUCAGUGUCACUUGCAGCUUUGUGAAAGUCCCAGAAGACCUAAAAUGGGCCAGCGACUUCUGCUUGAUGCCGUCCCGUGAUGAGCCCUUUGGAUAUGUGGAUGUGGAGUUUGCCUGGCGGGGGGCCGUGAUCGUCGGCGCGCAAGCCGGUGGACUGGGCAAAGUCCCGGGGUUUUACUACGUCGCCCAGAACAGAGAGAGCCUAACACGGCUCAGACGGGAGCUGCGCACAGUCAUCUCUGCAGCAAUGCAGGCGCCCAUGAAUGUUCUUCAUGCCAUGUCUAGGCAGGCCUUGCAGAGCAAUUUUCCGGUGGAGGACUGGCAAGCCAGACUGCUAAACCUAUAUGAGCAGGUGAUUGACACGCGACCACACCCAAGCGCUCCAGAACGGUUGCAGACCACCUGGUUUCCCUCGCACCACCAGGCCUUGGCACCGGAGCCCGCGGCACAUCCAGGAAGUACAGGUGCUGCGAGUACGACAGGUACGACAGGCAUUACAGGCACUACAGGUGGUGUUUUGGGUACCCCGGUUGCCGGCUCCUUUCUGGAGAGCCAGGAGGGCAACUCUCGCGAUCUGCCCUCCCAGGAGUUCAUCGUUCGCCAGGAGCUGUCAGAAGCAGAGCUGAACGUCCUUGUCACGGCCAAGCUGGAAACCUUGGAUCAGGACAUUGAGACGGUGUUGCGCAGCAUCGGUUCGGACAGGGACGUGGAACAUGAAACAAAUCCUGUUUCAAAAUGGCUUGUGUGCCACAGUCUAGGGACAGCUCGGAUUCACUGGCUCGUUUCAUGUGGGUACAUUGCCUGCCCUCUGUCAUCCUUGUUGAUCUUAGUAGUGGCUACAGAAUGGGGUAUCCGUGGUUCCACAGAGCUUCCGGAAUGGUUCAAGCGGUUCCCAUGGUUCAAGACGGUCUUCGGAAAUGGGGGACUGGAUCCGCCCAUUCUGAACAUGCUGCUAUUCUCGACCAACGCCCUCGCAACAACUUUGGGUGCACCACUAUGGACAUUUGCGGCAUCCUGGAUACAGCCACGAAAGCUGCUGGCAGCUGCAAUGUUGCUUCAGGUCCCCAUCCUGCUCACAAUGCUGGUGGUCCACAGACCCAACGUUUCCCUGGCGACUUCCCUGGUCUUCCUUCAGGGAGUGUUCAGCUCCGGCUCGUUGCUCUUCGUGGCCUUCAACUUCAUGCUAUCGAUCAAAGCAGACAUCAGCCAUGCUGCGAAGCGGAUGGGCAUCUUGGAGAUGGUCAGGAACGCCGUCACAUGGCUCAUCACCGGCUACAUUUUCCUGACAUCACCUUCCACACAGAUCGGCUCCAAGGAGCAGCCACUGCCCCCUUCGGUGAUCCUUCUCCUCACGCCCGUCGCGUUUGUGACCUUCUUGGCCACACUCGUGCCAGGCGCACUCUUCCUAGCCGCCCCAGGCCCCUACAGAGAGGAUCGACUACCUGGCUGGGAGCUGAAUCUGUUCUGGAAGCGGCGAACCUUCAUCAUCCUGUCACUCUCAGACGUGUUGGGCUGCCUUGCGCUGUUCCCAAGCACCUGCUAUAUUCGCUGGUGGUUCGCCAACGGCUGGAAGGGGGAAGACCUGGCUUGGCUAAGCCUCGGCUUUGCUUUGCUCUUGGGCCUGGUGACCUAUGUGUGGGCUUUGGCACUCGAACACGCCAUGAUCCAUGGCCUAGCCCUGCUUAUCGGCAUAACGCUUCUGCUCCCACCAGCUCCGAUGCUGCGUGCAAUCGUUCAAGACGAAGUAUCUACUUUUACGUUCUUUGGUCGCUCAGAUACUGCCUUGGCCAUCUGCUGCCUGUCACUUAUUCUGGAAGGGAUUCGUUCCUCGUCGGCAUGGGCAGUGAAAGUUCGUGUGCUCAACUCCAGGUGGAGACUGCUGAGCUACGGAACAGUUUCUGUCAUUCUCCAGGGACUGUCCAGCAUGGUCUCACCUUUCCUUUGUGAGCUUGUUGCACGCAGACGUGCCAGCACGUUCAUUUCGGACAACGAGAAGGAGCUCGCCAAUGCAUCGCUCGUUUCGGUGGUCCCGCUCUGCUUGGCUCAAUUUGUGGUGCAGAUGCUAGCGGCACCCUGCAUCCGUCAAGAUCUUGGAGUGGCAUCCUCAAGCUCUUUGUAUCGUGACCGUGACCGUCCCGACCGUCACGACCAUCCUGACCCUGCGCGCCGCGGCAGCCUAAACCAAAAUAGCUGCGGCUGUCUCGGUAGGGCGGUGCGGGCUUGCUCCAUUAAGCAUGCAAUGGGUUUGCGACGGUUGCCACCUCGACUUGCCAUAGCCUGCGGAGUCUGCCUGGCAAUAGCGACCCUAGUCGUCGAGGUCGUCCUGCUGCAUAAGCCCUUCCCCUUUGCCCCGGCGCGACGAUGCUUACAGAAAGGCAUCUCAAGGAGCGUGUGCAAGCUCAUCGCAGACGAGACAGACCCACGACCUGCUGAUACCUUCGCUGAGUUUGGGCGCGGCCACUACGGCAAGAAUAAUUUUAACCAAAGCACAACUGGAAAGUUCAACUGCAAUCAGCGCAUGAAGCGGCUAAAUGGAAAUACCUUCGUAUUCUGGGAUGAAGGUCGAUGCCAGGUGUGGAGCUGUGAUCCAGAAUUUCCUGAAGAACUUCCAGACCAGCCUUUGGAAGGAGGCGAAAUCUGGUCAAGGCACUGCAACAUGUCGAUGCAGAACGAAAUCAUGGUGCACCUUUUCGAGUGGCCCUGGCCCGCCAUUGCCGAGGAAUGUGAGACCUACUUGGGGCCCGCAGGUGUUACGGCCGUGCAAGUAUCACCACCAACCGAACAUGUCCUGGGAGACUCUUGGUCUACGCGGUAUCAGCCAGCCUCGCCACUCGUGCAGGCCCCCAAGAAAGAUCGUGGGAAGAAGUGUGGCCAGUCGAAGGACACGCCCACGUCAUCGACAGCUCCAUGCGUUGGCUGGUCUGGCACCGGGUAUGGCAAUCGGGAGUUUCGACAUGGCACUCUUGGACUGGACUAUUUCGAAAGACAGGAUUUCCAUCAUUAUGAAGGCAACUUUGAGUCGAAUUGUGGCCUUCC